AUGGACAGGCCAACAAACAUUGGUAUCAAGGCGAUAGAAGUGUAUUUCCCAAAGCGCUGUAUUUCUGAGGAUGAGCUCGAGGACUUUGACGGAGCGUCCAAGGGCAAGUAUACGAUCGGCUUCGGUCAGCAGUACAUGGCAUUCACCGAUGACCGUGAGGACAUCAAUUCAUUUGCGUUGACAGUUGUGUCGGCUUUGCUUGAGAAGUACAAGAUUGAUCCAAAGUCGAUUGGUCGGCUCGACGUUGGCACAGAGACAAUCAUAGACAAGUCCAAGAGUGUGAAGACGGUGCUGAUGGACUUGUUUGAGAGCCAUGGCAACACUGACAUUGAGGGCAUCGACUCAAAGAAUGCAUGCUAUGGAGGCACAGCAGCGUUGUUCAACGCUGUCAACUGGAUGGAGAGUAGUAGCUGGGACGGUCGCGAUGCGAUUGUGUUUGCUGGCGACAUUGCUAUAUACGCCGAAGGCAGUGCACGACCUGUGGGUGGUGCGGGUGCUGUUGCAAUGCUGGUUGGACCAGACGCGCCGCUUGUGCUGGAGCCGAUUCAUGGCACUCACAUGUCGAACAAGUGGGACUUCUACAAGCCAGACCUGUCGUCAGAGUAUCCGCAGGUUGAUGGCCCUGAAACGCUGUAUGCAUAUCUUGGAUCCAUCGAUGCCGCGUAUGACGCAUUCCGUCUCAAGUAUGGUCAUUUGGCUGAGAAGAAAGGCCUACCCCAACAACCGAGCAAAACGUCUUCUGACCCACGUGCAUGCUUCUCGAUCGACCAUGUCGACUACGCGGUGCUGCACAGUCCGUACGCCAAGCUUGUACAGAAGGGAUUCGCACGCUUCCUCUUUAAUGACUUCCUUGCGGACCCUGCCAAUGAGAAAUUCGCCUCUAUUCCCUCGGAGCUGAAGGAUGUGGAUCGACAUCAGAGCAUUAUGAACAAGGACAUUGAGAAGACGUUCACGGCGCAUGGGAAGGCAGCCAUGGCAAGCAAGCUGGAUCCCGGUAUGACGACGGUCCGUCGUUGUGGUAACAUGUACUCGGGUUCAUUGUACGGAGGCCUUGCGUCUGUGAUUGCCAACACGAAUGAUGCGGACUUGAAGGGCAAGCGUCUCUUGAUGUAUUCGUUUGGCUCCGGCUCUGCUGCUUCUGUGUACUUGAUCCGCGUUGUUGGAUCGACAGAACACAUGCGCCGCGCUCUUGAUCUGUCAGCACGUCUCGAGAGCAUGCACGUCGUCCCAUGCACCGUGUAUGUCGAUGCUCUGCAAACGCGCGAAAAAACGCACAAUGCCGUCGAGUACGAGCCUAAAGGCAGCUUGGAGGACCUGUGGCCCAAGUCGUAUUAUCUGAACAAUGUGGAUACCAAGUUCCGUCGCUUUUACAAGAGGCACUCUGCAUAA